CUGACAAGUGGAUCCAAGAUGGCGUAGAAAGUAAAGCUAGACACUCUGUCCCUGAGUCAUGGCGGACAGGAGAGCGGAGAAGUCAUGUGAAGAAGCCAGUAGAUCGUUAACCAGGCGGGAGUAUGACGCGGCGGUCAGCCACAGCACAGAAGCCCUGCUGGUCCUCGGACCCCCAGCCCCCCACUCUGGAGCCCCUGUCCCGCUGAGCCCCUCAUACCUAGUCGCUGCUGCUGGACCCGUCCGCAGCCGUGCCUUGCUCUACCGCAUCGCUGCCCUCCUGCAGCUGAAAAACUAUGAUCAAGCAGAUGAAGACUGCAAACACGUUCUGGCGGAGGAGAUGGCCAGGGGGGACUGGUCUCUCCAGGCCAACCUACGCGCCAUGCUGCUGGACGGCAGCCUGCAAGAGGUGGCCACCAUCCUCUCCAAAGCUCUCUAUGGAGAGCCAGUGAAUGGAAUUGUUACGAAGGACCUGACCCGAUUAAAAAUGCUCCUUUCAGAAAUAGAAGCUGUAAAUAGUGAGAUGACAACAGAGUACACAGAUGACCAGGAGGAAGAAGUCCAAGAUGGCUGGCACUUCAGACCCCCUCCUCGAGGAGUCACCAGCAGUGAGGAGUACACGCUGUGUAAGAGGUACUUGGAGCAGGGCCUGUGUCGCUAUGGGGCCCAGUGUACAUCAGCCCAUUCCCAGGAGGAGCUGAUGGAGUGGCAAAAGCGUUACGCCUCACGCCUCAUCCGCCUGAAGCAGCAGCAGGAGAGCAAGCACUUUACCGAGAACUACAUGGAGACCCUGAUAGAGAAGUGGAUGAACUCCCUUUCCCCAGAGAAAGUGCUAAGUGACUAUUUGGAAGGAGUAAACGUUGAAACCAGCUCCAGCCUUUCCGUGACCGUCACCACCAAGAAAUCCUUUCACUCCUGGACCUUCUCCUUGUUCUGCAAGCCGGCCAGAAAGCUGUACCGCAUCGCCCUUCUCUACGAUGCCCAUCGACCUCACUUCUUUAUCACGGGGGUGUCAGCCGGGGAGCGGCUGCAGGCUGUCCCGAAAGGCUGUCAAGAGUGGACAACAGGAGAGGACGCGGCAGCAGACAAUGGUUUGGACCACUGUAUCUACAAGGUAGCAGUUGGUUUCAGCACCGAGAUCUUUGGCACCUUCAGACAGACAAUUGUGUUUGACUUUGGUUCGGAGCCCGUGCUGAUGCAGCGUAUCAUGGUGGAUGCUGCCUCCAUUGAAGAUCUGGAACAUCUGAUGGCCGCAAGACAGCAGCUCCUGAUGACUGCCAAGCGCUGGGACUCGUCCUGCAAGACCAUUGUGGAGUUCAGCCCCAAUGAGACCAUGGCCGAGCUGGAGCGCAGCCUCCUCUCCCGCUACCAGAUCCCUCUAUCGGCCGACCAGCUCUUCACUCAGUCAGUCUUGGAUAAGUCCCUAACCAAAGACAACUACCAGGCCCGCCUCCAUGACCUGCUCUAUAUAGAGGAGAUCGCACAGUACAAGGAAGUCAGCAAGUUCAACAUCAAAGUGAACCUCCAGCUUGUAACCAGCUUCAUGCUGACCGGCAUCUCUGGUGGAGCCAAGUACGCCCAGAAUGGGCAGCUGUUCGCCCGCUUCAAGCUCACAGAGACCCUUUCUGAGGAUACACUGGCAGGCCGGUUGGUUAUGACCAAGGUGAAUUCGGUGCUGUUGUUGCCAUUGGGCCGUGAAUGGUCAAGCAGCCAGCCACCCCCUGGGGUCAAAGAGCGUGUCUACGAAGCCUUGAUUGAAGAGAAGACAAAGGAAUACAUCUUUCUGAGGAUCUGCAAGGAAUGCUGCGAAGAGCUGGGCUUACAGCCUGACAGGGAAAUACAGGUGGAGCUCCAGUUUCAGCUGAACAGGUUACCACUGUGUGAGAUGCACUACGCUCUGGAUCGCAUCAAAGACAACACCAUCUUGUUUCCUGAUGUUGCCCUCAUCCCCACCAUCCCCUGGAGCCCCAACAGGCAAUGGGACGAGCAGCUAGACCCUCGUCUUAAUGCAAAGCAGAAAGAGGCCAUCUUGGCCAUCACUACGCCCGUUUCCAUCCCCCUGCCUCCGGUACUCAUCAUCGGGCCUUACGGCACCGGCAAGACCUUCACCUUGGCACAAGCCGUCAAACACAUCCUUCGCCAGGACAACAGCAGAGUCCUGAUCUGCACCCAUUCCAACAGUGCAGCUGACCUGUACAUUAAGGACUACCUUCAUCCAUAUGUAGAAGCAGGCAAUCCGCAUGCCAGACCUCUCAGGGUAUACUUCAGGAACCGCUGGGUCAAGACUGUCCACCCAGUGGUACAGCAGUACUGUCUCAUCUCCGGCACACAGUUCACUUUCCAGAUGCCCAAGAGAGAGGACAUCCUCAGGCACCGCGUGGUGGUGGUCACCCUGAGCACCUCUCAGUACCUCUGCCAACUGGAUUUGGACCCCGGGCUGUUCACUCACAUUCUGCUGGAUGAGGCGGCCCAGGCCAUGGAGUGCGAAACCAUUAUGCCUUUUGCCCUGGCCAGCAAGACCACUCGUAUCGUGCUGGCCGGGGACCACAUGCAGCUCAGUCCAUUUGUGUACAGCGAGUUUGCUCGAGAACGUAACCUGCACGUGUCACUGUUGGACAGACUGUAUGAGCACUAUCCCCCUGAGUUCCCCUGCCGCAUCCUCCUCUGCGAGAACUACCGCUCCCACGAAGCCAUCAUCAAUUACACAUCCGAGUUGUUCUACGAUGGGAAGUUGAUGGCGAGUGGGAAGCAGCCCUCCCAUAAGGACUUCUAUCCUCUGACCUUCUUCACUGCCAGAGGAGAGGACGUUCAGGAGAAAAACAGCACAGCCUACUACAACAACGCAGAGGUGUUUGAGAUUGUGGAGCGAGUGGAGGAGAUGCGCAAGAAGUGGCCGGUGGCUUGGGGAAAGCUGGAUGAGGGGAGCAUCGGUGUAGUGUCGCCCUACGCCGACCAGGUGUUCCGCAUCCGUGCCGAGCUCCGGAAGAAGAGGAUGCACGAGGUCAGCGUGGAGAGGGUGCUCAACGUCCAAGGUAAACAGUUCCGGGUGCUGUUCCUGAGCACGGUGCGGACGCGGCACACCUGCAAGCAUAAGCAGACUGCCAUCAAGCGCAAAGAACAGCUGGUGGAGGACUCGACAGAGGACCUUGACUACGGCUUCCUGUCCAACUACAAGCUCCUCAACACGGCAAUCACCAGGGCCCAGUCCCUUGUCGCUGUGGUCGGAGACCCCAUAGCGCUGUGCUCUGUGGGACGCUGCAGAAAGUUCUGGGAGCACUUCAUCUCCAUCUGCCACAACAACACCAGCCUGCAUGGCAUCACAUUUGAGCAAAUCAAGGCCCAGCUGGAGGCCCUGGAGCUGAAGAAGACCUAUGUCCUCAACCCACUGGCCCCGGAGUUCAUCCCCCGUGCCCUCAGGCCCUUGCUGGGGCCCCACCCUCCCCACCCUGCUGCGCAGGCCCUCCACCCCCACCACCAUCAGCAUCCUCAGCAUCCACAGGCUCCCUCCAGCAAGCAGGGGCCGCAGCAGCAGCAACAGCAGCAGUCACCCCCCAAGGGGAAACAUGCGAACCACACGGAGCACUUUCCACCUGAAGGAUUCGUCCAGGCCAACCCAGCUGUGCUGAUGGGGAAUCCCAUUCGUGCGUUCACACCACCCCUGGGUGGCACACCGGCUGGCAUGGGCAAGUCCCCGAGCCCCGUUCAGCGGAUAGACCCCCAUACAGGCGCCAGCAUCCUUUAUGUUCCAGCCAUCUACGGGGGAAACAUGGUCAUGUCCAUGCCCCUGCCCUUGCCUUGGCCAAGUUACCAGAAUCGCUUUCCCAUGGACCCUCGCAUCAUGAGCCACCAGGCAGCCAUGGCCUACAACUUUAAUCUGCUGCAGGCUCAGAACCGAGGCUCCCCCAUCCCGUACAGUGGAAUGGCCCACCCCUCUCAACUCGGAGUGGGCCAGCCCAGUCCUGACAAGGAGCUACAGGCUGAUCCCAUCAGAAAUGGUAAAUUAGAGGGCUGUCCAAAGUCGGAACCAAGCCGUCUGCAGACACCAGAGAGGAAAACUGCUGACACAAAGGACAAACAGGCAGAUUUAGAACCAGGCCAGAGUCGAGCUUUAGACUCUCAGAAUGAUGGACUAGGAUGCUUCCCCAGUGCAGUGCUUCAACGAAAAGACCCAUCAGCAGCCCAAAGACCCCUUAACUACCACCUGGCACACCACAACCCAGCUUUCACGCCACACCCAGCGGUGGGGAGAGCAUUCCCCCCUCAAUAUCCCGUCUCCAGACUUCCCUUUCGAGUCGGCCAGCCGCAGCACCCGGGAAUGGCCCAGCAAAGUCAACAGCAGCAGCAACAGCUUAGCCCUGCUUAUACUAGCGGCAGCCACAACCCUUCUUUCUUCAGUGGGCCAAUACCUCCCCACAGGGCUGUUCAGUCCCCCACUUUGGAUGGGCCAGAGACUGGAGGGGGCGAGGAGAUGAAUAGCUCCAUUAGGGCCCCAAUGAGCCACCAAGGGAGCCACCAUCCGGGCCUGUCACAGCCCAGCAGAGCCAACACCUUUGGGGAAGAGAGUCAAGAUGGAAGCCUGGGAGAUGGGUUGGACCUCCAGGGUCACCUGGCCCUGGAGGCCCUCAGCCAGCAGCAGCAGCAACAGACAGCCAGGCUUGGCCAGUGGGGGGAGGCAGCUGGGCCUUUUCUUCAAGGAGGAAUGCCCCUUCCCCUUCCUCAGCAGCUGGCCCAGCUGCACCAGCCCGGCCUGACCCGCUUUCCCCAUCAGCUGUUGCGGGCAGCCAGUUGGGGCUUGAGUGCCAACAUGGAGGAUGAAGCCCAUCCAGCUGCCCCUGCUGGACCACCCUUCCCCAGAUACCCAGGCCUGUUGAGGGAGAUCGCACCACAGGAGCAACCAGACCCCAGGGAAGCAGCAGAAAUGCAGCCCCCUCCUCAGUCCCGUCUCCUCCAAUACCGCCAAGUCCAGUCUCAGUCUCGCUCCCCAGGUGACCCGUCAUCUCCUUCAGCCACCUCCAAUCACACUGGCCCCUUUUCCUCAGGCCCUAACUGCCACAAUACCGGCCAUGAUCUUCUUAAUGACAGCCUCCUGAGCAAUCCAGCUCUGCAACAGCAGCAGCAGCAGCAGCACCACCAUGGAAAUGCUCUCUUUAAUUCUGCUACCUUCCCACACCAGCCACCAACACACUCCACUACCCCCCCUCCUUCCCAAGUCAAGUACCUUCUUCAAGAGACCUCUUGGUCCCACGGUGGUGGCCCAGUAGCUGCCCCAGCCCAACAGAACCACCUGCUAGGGAACCAAGGACAUGGCUUCCCCUAUGGGUUGCCAGUCUUGGCUCACCCCAGCAGGCAAGAGCAGGUCCACCUGAUGCAGCUUCACCAUCAGCACCAGCAGCAACAGCAACAACAACAACAACAACAACAACAACAACAACAGAGUCAAGGUCCUGGCCAUGAUUCCUACCACCCACUGUCCCCUCGAACAUCAGCAGCCACAGCCCUCCACAGUGUAGAUGAGUAUGAACCCAGAGGUCCAGGUCGGCCCCUGUAUCAGCGCCGUAUCUCCUCCACUUACCCCGAGGAAUCAUCAGUCGCCAACACCCACACCUCCCUGUCCCAGCAGCCCCAGCCUUGUGCAACAGACCCCCAGGACCACGCCCAUCCUCACCCCCACACCCAACAGCAUCAGCAGCACCCACACACUUCCUACAGCUAUCCUCCGCCUGAGCUCUGGCCCAGUAACGGCGGAGGCCCCGGUCCGUUCCAGAACAUUCCAUGUAAUGGAGCCAGCACACUGACUCAGCAACGGGAACUCCUGGUCAACCCCAAGGUCCUCCGUCAAGCGGAGGAGCAGAUGAAGUCGGACGCAGCGGUUCAGCAACCUCCACACCUCCACUCCCUCAACUCCCUCCAGCACCUCGGACAGUUCCCCCCUCUCAUGCGCAAUAGCAAGCAGCCUCAGGCCCCCUCCGAAGCUAGCCAGGGGCCCCAAAACCUGAGCAAGCCCCCCACCAUGUCCUAUGCUAGUGCCCUACGCGCCCCGCCCAAGCCCCGAGCCGUUCGGCCCGAACAGGUUAAAAAGAACAGCGACCCACUGUCCUUCUUACAAGAGCUGAGUAUUGGAAGUUCAAACGGUAGCAGUGGAUAUUAUUCCUACUUCAAAUGAGUGUCACCUCCCCAAUUUCAUCCCAAAGUAAGUAAUGAUGAUGACAUAAAACACACAAAACAAAAAAAAACAAAAAAAAUCGCAAAACUUUCACCAAAAUCGGGAAAAAACAUGAAGUGCUUUUACAAAUUGUUUCUAUCUAUUGUUUUGGUUUUUCCCCCCGUGACGGCCUGGCGGCCUGUCCAGGGUGUCUCCCCGCCUGCCGCCCAGUGACUGCUGGGAUAGGCUGCACGCAUCCCGCCACCCUGACAGCAGGGUGAGCGGAUGAUGGAUGGGUGGAGGGAUUUAUUUUGUUUUGUUUUAAUUUGUAACGUCUAUUCUCUUCCUCUGUUUAACAUAUCUGUGAAGAAUUAAGACAUAAGUAUAUAUAUUGAAUGCAUUACUGGUAUAUAUACAUACUCACUGUGUAUAUAUGAAUAUAUACUUAUAUUAUGUACACUUGUAUAUGUACGUAAUGCUAUGAAAAAAAGGUUAAAAAAAAAUAAAAAAUGAAUAAAUUAAAAAAAAAGGCAGGGCUUAGUUGACCACUUAGCUGCCAGCAGGUUUCAGCUUAUUGAAGUUAUGUUGACUGUUAUGUUGAAGGUGUUUUCUUUCUUUUUGGUUUGUUUUUCUUUCUUUCUUUCUUUUUCUCGAGUGGACUCCUUUGUCUUGGUUUUCUACUACUGGAGGUGUAGUAACGGAUGAAAGCUAAGUGGUCAACUGACACAGAAAUUAUAUGGAACCUUGUAUAGAAGUAGAUACGUUUUCCUCUUCUCUGUACAUAUAAAGAAAAUAAAUGACUGAACUGUACGCCACAAACUAAAUUCCUCGACCACGCUGACUAGCCUUUACUUUAGAACCGCCUCUCUUUCGUUUGCUUCAGACGCUUAAUACUUCUUACCUGCAGAAUCACCCUCAGUGACUAUGUGACCCCAGUAGUACAUGUGACUUCUACUUUCUCGUAACAUGCGAUCAGAAGUGCAUCUGAACACGAGGACCGCGGCUCAGCUGAGCGCUGCGGCGACAGUACACACACACUUCCCUUCCUUCCACCUGCUGCGUCUGACAGAAUGGAACGUGUACUUGGACAUGGCAACCUCGUCACAUUUGACUAUUUGGGGGGAAAAAAAGUCUCGCAUCUGAUCAGGCGUGGGUCUCUUGAUGUGGCACGAGGGUCGCUCCAUCGUAACGAUGAAUUUGCGAAGCCGUUUCCCUCCGCCGCCGCCGCCUCCAAAGCGAGGUUGAUAUUCAGCGUGUGUCAGAAGCUUUUCACCAGUGGGGUUGUUACUACAGUGAUGGGACGGGAUGUUUUGUCGAUCGCAGGGGAACAAAAGGUGUGUAUGGUGGUGCUGGUGGGGCCUUCGGGUGGUGUUGUAAGGCUGCGGUUUACUGCUGUAUUGAUUGAAGGGACUCUGAAAGUGUAGAGAAGGCGUGUGGUGGUGAUGUCUGGAGGGUCUGUCACGGUGAAGGGUCUGUGCAUCUCUCUGGCUCUUCCCUGCUUGCUGUGCGACAGUGACUCGGUGGCGUCGCAGCGGCUCUCCUGGUCACUCCAAGAGAUCCGCUCACUAAACUGCUCCGACUCGUGGAGUUAAACAAAGUGGAUGCAAUGGCAGUCGAGAAAUCUCGUGUCCUCAUGAGAGGGAUGGCUCAUGACUCGUGUGUGUACAUCUUAACGGUUUCUUUCUCUGGUAGUCCUCACAACCUAAAAGCAUUGUUUUGUGUCAUGUGCCUCAUGUUAGGUUCCUUUUCCCCGCUGUUCCCAGUUAAGUCAUGUUUCCUUCCCUGUUGUUGGGCUUUACAGUACAUGUUGCGAGGUGACCGCUAAGGAUCGAUGUUAUGUUGUGGUGAGGCCGCUCACUUCUGGUCAAAACCAUCAAGCCCAGCCUGUUUUAUUUGGUUCUACACACACACCGACUUCAUCUGGAGAAGUCAGCCACCAAAAAGUCAAAACCUUACAGACUGGAGAAGAUUGCUGCGGUGCCAGUAGGAAAAAAACAAAUACAAGUAAAAAUUAAAAAAAAAAAACAAAUACAAGUACAAAUAAAAAGUUCUGUUGCUUUUUGAAAGAGCGAUACCGGAAGAGAAACAUCUGUCGCUCCGCCUCGUUUUGUGUAGGUUAACGAGUCGUUUAACACCUCUGCCAUUUCAGCUCAUGCCACUCACAAGCCAGCUGGUUACCGUGGUUACUGUUGCAUCUUUUACAAUCCCGCGGAAACCGUUGGCGAAUAACACGCGGAGGGAGAAUGACGGAACGUCACGACUUCGGUUAGUUUAAUGGUAAAAAUUCAAAAUGUCCAGAUUUUAACAGUUUUGUCUUUUUGACUUAUCGGUGAAAAAGGAAAAAAAAAAAGCAUAAUUGUAAAUAAACAUUUUCUAUAGGUAUUUGCAGACAAGAUUUUGGGAGCGCCUCAAUUUUUUGAUAGAAGCUAUUCUAAGAAGAGGUAUGCCCUUUUUAAUUAUGCAAAUUCACAAAAAAAAAAGAAAAUUUUAAAUAAUCUAGACGUGGACAGCGAGGACCCAGCUAGCAGUUGCGACAUCUUGUAACUUUUUCCACUUGAUUUUGUAAGAUUGUGUUUUGGCCGACGUGACACAGAGGAGAAUUUCUGUCCUGUCUGUUUCUGACACAACUUAUUUUACUGUACAAUACAUGUAUGACACAUAUGUGUUACUGUACAGUACAUAUAUGACACGUGUUACUGUGCAGUACAUAUAUGACGUGUGUUACUGUACAGUACAUGUGUUACUGUACAGUACAUAUGACACGUGUGUUACUGUACAAAACAUGACAUUUUACUGUACAGUACAUAUGUGACACAUAUGUGUUACCGUGCAGUACACGUGUGUUACCGUGCAGUAGGUAUAUUAAAGCACAUGCUGCCGGCGGACCUUCCCUCUUCUCUGAUCACGUCGCAGCUCAGCAAGGUGUUGGUUUCAUUAAGUUUCAGUAAGGUCACCGGUGCUUCGUGGUUCAACAAUAACUUUUUUUUGUGUGAAAACUUUUUAUUCUGUGCAUGUUGAGGUGACGUGGCUGGUUUUUUUCCCUUGUUUUUGUUUGUAUUGAUUUGUGGAGAGAGAAAAAAGUAAAAUCUAAAAAAAAAUCAAGCUUCUCACCUUACAGAAGUCAAAUUUUGGUUUAUUAUUUGAUGUGUACCAUGACUUGUGACAUUAUGAGCAAUUCUAUUAUGAUAUUUUACUAACAUGUAACUGAAAUUUGUAAUGGUCAUGUAAGUUUUUUUUUGGUUUGUUUUUGUUUUGUUUUUUUUUUUUCCCUACCAAUAUUAAUUCAGCAGGCUAAAGCUGAGGUUGCUCCCCGGCCGGCGCGUGCCAUUUUCUAAGCCUUUGGAUAGCUUUGGGGGGGAAAGGGCGGCUCAGUGGAAUUGUGCUUCUCCUGCGGAGUUCUCUAUAAUUGCUAACGCCGAUCUCACGGCUUCCUCUAAAUUUUGCACUAUUAACACUUUCACUGCUUCUUCACUCCCACAUUUAUUUUUUUCUUACCAUUUUAAAAGCAGGUAACCGAUGUUAGAGAUGUCAUGUGUUUUUUUCGGGGGGGGGGGUGACACAUACCAAGAAUCCAUAUUUGUCUGUCGAGAUGGGAAUCAUUUCAGUAGAAGUGUCUGUGUCAUGCCGUCACGGCUCCGUUUCAUAACUGAAACCAACUUGAAGUCAUUUCCUGUGUUCCGACUCACGUGUUCACCUGGCUGUUAUUCACAUGUAACGUGUACUCUGCUUUUCGAUUAAACUGAUCUUUUUUUCUAAAGCUGUUCACUUUUACCUUUUUAAAGGAAAACAAACAUUUAAAAAGAAGUUGUAUGGCAUACCUGGAGGGAGCAACCUUUUGCCCAGCCAGUAGAGAGCACUGUGUUUCAGCCUUUCCCAAGACGCCACAUCUCUUUUCUCGUUGUGUUUUCUCUCCUCCAGUGAAUCCGUGGCACACCUUCUCCCCCGGCCCUCCUCUCUCACUGGUUUCCUCCCUCUGUGGGUACAAAAUGAUGGAUAGAUCUGUUUCACUAUUCUUCAUUUCAACUGGUGGUGGUUGUAAUAAUAAUAAUAAAAAAGGAUUUAGACUGUGUUUCAAUUUUUUUUUUUUAAAUUUUGUUUCUCUAUUAAAGUGUUUUUA